CACACACACAUCUGCUGUAUGCUUCUCAGCAAGCCUGUUGUGUAGAUUAGGAAAAUUUUUCUAACUUCAUCUAAUAUAAUGUUUGCAGAUUUGUUGAACAACAUGCUGCAGUGACAGCAACUCUCAUGGCUGACAGAAAUACCAGGCAUCUUGUGCUAAGGGGGUCACACAUCUCUACACUCGAGGACACAUGUAAGGUGCUGAAGCCACUCAGAACCUUUACUGCUUCCCUGGCUGCAGAGACCUGUAUCACAAUCUCAUCCCUGAGGCCUGUCCUUCAGCAUCUGACUGAAUCCAUCCUGGCAGAAAAGGAUGAUGACAGCAGCCUGGUGAGGAGCAUGAAACAUGCAAUCUGCAAGAACUUACAAGAGCGGUAUGAGGAUUCCAAUAUGGCUAAUGUGAUUAACAUGACCUGCGUACUUGACCCCCGCUUCAAGUUGAACUUCAUGGAAGAGGCAGAUUCAAUUAAAAGACAUCUAGAGCAGCAUCUCACGCAGGAGUCUUCUGACAAUGUAGGUAGCACUUGUACUCUCUCACAGGAGUCUUCUGCCAGAGGAGAAUGUGAAGAUGAGGGGACCAGUGUCUCUAUCCCUGAGGCCCCAAAAGGCUUGGCUGGUAUUCUCAAAAUGAUAACAAUGAAAAAACAGAAGAACAAACAAUCAGCAGACAUGGUAAAAUCUACACCAGCAUUUCAAGAAGUUUCUGCAUACACAGCCUUGCCCACUAUUUCUGUGGAUAAAGACCCACUGCAGUGGUGGAAAGACAGUGAGGAGGAUUUUCCAAGGUUGGCAAAACUGGCACAGAAGAUCCUUUGCAUUCCCGCCAACAGUGUUACAUCAGAAAUACUUUUCAGUUCUUCAGGAAACAUUCAGACAGUGUUUCGCUCCAGUUUGAAACCAGAGAAACUUAACAUGCUUGUCUUCCUUCAUAAAAAUUUGCCAUAGAUUGAGAAUGUAAGAAGUGGAAAUGCAUGUGCCCUGUUUAUCUGUAUCCUUAUGUUUGUUGCAUGGGUAAAAAAAGAAAAACUAAAUAAACAAAGUAAAAAAUAAUUUGACUGAUAAAGUUUUUCCCCCAAAGGUUUCUAUAGAUAUUGCGAUAUAUCGAUAUUGUGAAUUAUUUUGGCCACAAUAACUGUGGUGUGAAAAAUCUAAUAUCGUGACAGCCCUAAUUGACACAGUAUUUUCCUACUUAAUGCUGUACAGCUGCUUUGACACAAUCUGUAUUGUUAAAAGCGCUAUAUAAAUAAAGGUGACUUGA